AUGGCGAAAGUACUCGAUCUACCAAAACUACAACCUUUUACCUUGGGGGAAACUUCGACCAUUAGCCAACGGUGGCGAAAAUGGAUCAAGUCAUUCGAAUAUUAUAUUGCUGCGUCGGGAAUCAACGACAAGAAACAACAACGUGCCAUCCUUCUCCACCUCGCAGGACCUGAAGUUCAAGACAUUUUUGAAACCCUAGAAGACACUGGCAACGAUAUCGACACCGCAAUAGCAAAGUUAACGUCCUACUUCGAGCCACAAAAGAACAUUCCUUUCGAGCGUCACAAUUUUCGACAGACAACACAACUACAAGGAGAAACAAUCGAACAGUUAGCUAUCCGUUUAAAACACCAAGUAAAAUUCUGCGAAUAUGGCAAUCCCAACGAUAUGAUCCGUGACCAGAUUAUCGAACAUUGUUCGUCUAGUCGUUUGAGGCGACGAUUACUUCGCGAACCAGAACUUACUCUUGAGAAAACAUUCGAAAUCGGUCGUUCGUUCGAAGCAUCCGAACGGCAAGCCUCGCAAAUAGAAGCAGACAGCUUAAAAACCACCGACCUGGGCGUAAAUGCAAUCCGUUCUAAAGCUGCAUCAUCUCGUUAUCCAACAUCGAUACAAACAGGUUGUUCGAAUAUCGUUUGUUAUUGUUGUGGAAAUGCCGGUCACCGAGCUAAAGACCCUCGUUGUCCUGCCGAAGGAAUGUCCUGCAAUAAGUGUCACAAGCUUGGCCAUUUCGCUAGAGUAUGUCGUCAACUGAAACCGACAAACAAGCCUGAAUUUCAGAAUCCUACAUCGAAAAACAAGAAUGAAAUCUACAAGCAAAAUACCGGAAGUCAUGGCGAAAUACGGUAUGUAUACGGCGCUCCACAUCCGGCCACCGGGGAAAGUUCAUCGGACGAUGAGUAUGUUUUCGAACUUGGUGCCACCGGGAAAAUGCCCCGUGCAACCGUCCAAAUUGGGAACUUCCCAGUUGAUCUCAUCGUUGAUUCAGGCGCAACUGUUAAUGUACUUGACAAUGAAACAUUUCCAAAACAAAUCUCAAAUUAUUUCCAUAUGGAUCAUCAACACCACUGA